AUGUUAAACUUUGAACUAAAGGAGGUUCCAUGGGACGAACGUGUUGGGUUUGGAAUCGAAUUUGAAUUCGCCCUUGCAACGGUCCCAUUAGGAACUAAAGAUCCGGAGCCGAACGAAGGUCGUGAGAUACACUCAAUCGACGUUCCUAUUGAUUCUUCUGGAACGGAUCCCAACACACUUUCAGAUAUCGAUCGUCAACUCAAUGUUCAAUUGCACAUCGCGAAUACGCUAAAAGCCAACGGGUUUCGAGCUGCGUCUCAAAUCCAGCUAGAACGAGAUUGGAAAGCUUGGGAGAACGGCAAUUUAGAUAAGGAACCAUACCCGAGUGAUAUAUUGUGGAUAGUCAAGCAAGAUGACACCAUUCAAUUUCCAACCACUCUUGUCGAUACUUACAAAUGGUAUAAAAUCGAAAUAUGUACACCGGCACUCAUGUUCAGCCCAUGGAAUAUUCGUCACAUCUGGGAUAUUCUCUCCAUCUUGACACGCAAAUACCGGCUGAACUGCAAUCAAUCAUGUGGCUUGCACGUUCAUGUCAGCACUGCGAAGAAAGACUUCAGCCUUGAUGUUUUGAAGAAUCUGAUGGCUCUAAUCUUCACUUUCGAACGACAGCUCGAGCUGUGCCAUCCUACGCAUCGAAUUCGAAAUAAACAUACAUUUCCACUUCGUGAUCAUGCGAAUAUCAACCAGAAUUUUGCACCAGGGACAAACUUCAGCUGCAGUGAUAAGAAUUGGAAAAAUAACAGGGUACUCCUCAAAAGACGAGCAAGAUUACCCUUGAUUCUACCGCCCGUCUGUCCAGAGAAGGACUCGUUAGCAGCGAUAUUCAAUGCCAAGUCUAAGGCCGAUAUCGUCAAAAUGUUCAAGUCGGACGAAGAUGUUCGGUUGGGUUAUAAUAUUCAAUUUCUUAAUGAACCAUAUCCAGACCCCUUUAAACACACGAUUGAGUUUCGACAGCACGAAGCGACUACGGUUCCGCAAAAAAUAGAACGAUGGCUUAAUAUCUGUUGUCGUUUGGUCGAAAUUGCGCGCCAAACAGCUAGUGCAUCGGACGAGGAAAAAAACAUCUUCCAUGCAUUUUUGCUUAACCAUGUAAACGACGAUGUGGACGACUUCGGACUGGUUAUCUUGUUGGUUAAUUUGGGGUUGACGGAAGAGGCGGGAUACUAUGGUGUGGAGAUAGCUCUUAAUCCUGAACUGAGGCCAAGGAGGAAAAGCAUGUUUAGUUCGACUCCUUCCGUAUGA